AAUGAGGCGCGGAAAGUCAGAAAGAGCGUGGAGGAAAUCAGACGGAAGUGGUUCGGCGUCGCGAGAUGAGUUCCUUCGGCGGACGGAUGGCGGAGUACCCUCGCCUCUCCCUGGACCGCUUCGACCGGGAGAACCUCCGCGCCCGGGCUUACUUCCUCUCCCACUGCCACAAGGAUCACAUGAAAGGCCUGAGAGCUCCCUCCAUGAAGAGAAGACUGGCCUGCAGCUUAACAGUUCGUCUGUACUGUUCACCAGUAACCAAAGAGUUGCUACUGACUAACCCACGAUAUAAAUUUUGGGAGAAUCACAUAGUUGCCCUUGAAGUUGAAACUCCAACUCAGAUUUCUUUAGUUGAUGAAGCAUCCGGUGAGAAGGAAGAUAUUGUUGUAACACUUCUACCAGCUGGCCACUGCCCAGGAUCAGUCAUGUUUCUGUUCCAAGGUGAAAAUGGCACUGUGUUGUAUACUGGAGACUUCAGACUUGCAAAAGGAGAAGUGGCCAGAAUGGAGCUUUUGCAUUCAGGGAACAGCGUGAAAGACAUCCAGAGUCUAUAUUUAGACACUACUUUCUGUGAUCCAAAGUAUUAUCAGAUACCAAGCAGGGAAGAAUGUAUGAAGGGUAUAUUAGAAUUAGUACGAAGCUGGAUCACUCUGAGUCCCUAUCACGUAGUGUGGCUGAACUGCAAAGCUGCUUAUGGAUAUGAGUAUUUAUUCACAAAUCUCAGUGAAGAACUUGGAAUCAAGGUACAUGUGAACAAACUGGACAUGUUUAAAAACAUGCCGGAAAUCUUUUACCAUAUCACCUCAGAUCGGCACACUCAGAUUCAUGCAUGUCGGCAUCCAAGGGAUGAUGAAAUUUUCCGAGGAAACAGAUUGCCCUGUGGAAUGACUUCCCAGAAUGGUAAACCGUUGCACAUCAUUAGUGUCAAACCAUCUACAAUGUGGUUUGGAGAAAGGACAAGGAAAACUAAUGUAAUAGUGAGGACUGGGCAAAGUUCAUACAGAGCUUGCUUUUCAUUUCACUCUUCUUAUAGUGAGAUCCAGGAUUUUGUAAGCUAUAUUUGCCCAGUGAAUGUAUAUCCCAAUGUAAUUCCAGUGGGUGCAACAGAGCAUAGAGUUAUAGAACUCUUAAAGCCAUUGUGCAGAAUGUAUAGCCGAAAUAACAAGCCAAUGUAUAAACCACUUGGAGCACUGAAGAGAGCCAGAACUUUGGAUCUAGCAGAUGCAGGUGGUGAUGGUGAUGAUCUCUUUGAUACAGACUUGAUUUCUAUCAGAUACAAGAUUCCUAAAUUGCUGCCAGAGAUUACACCAUCUGAGAAUAAACCUCUACCUCAAAACCAAGACAGUUAUAAGGCAUCUUCCAUGCCUACCUCUUUGAAAGUAGAUUUUGUGGAGUGCGAAGAAUCCAAUGGUGAAGAUGACGAUGAGGAAGAAGAGUCUGAGAAAGAAAUGUUUUUUGCUCAAAUUCUACCAUCCAGUGUAGACACCACUGCUUUGUUACCAAAUCCAGAUGGACUGGCCCAUUCAGACCCUACUUCCAAGCAAAAUGAAGGCAAGCAGCAGUCUAAUUUGGAAAUCCCCAAGUGGGAUACCUUCUUUCAGCAUAACAAGGAAGAUACAGAUACCUCUGAACUCGAGGACAAUGUUUUACCCCCUACAGAUUCAACCGAGCCACACUCACCCAGCCUGCUUAGUGACAGUGAUUCUACUCAUAUCUCCUCUCAAAACUCUUCUCAGUCAACACACAUAUCUGAACAAGGCAGUCAAGGGUGGGACAGCCAGGGAGAUACUGUACUAAUCUUAUCCCAAGAACGAUCUGUAAAGAGGGAAGCAGAUAGGUCAAUGUUUUAUACCUUUCAUCUUCCUGUUGAGGAAAACAAAAUGGACGUGACUUUGGAUAGUGGUGCACUUUAGUUAGUGCUGAAUGCAAAGUUGGAGCCCAGGAAAUGAGUGUACCUUCUCUGGCAAAGAGUAGGCUGAAUGAAUCAACAUAGGACAUGAACAAAUAGGCAGAGAAAUCAUCGAUAUCUAAUCCCAAGACCCAGUUGAACUCUUAGUGUUCUUUUGACCCGUCCACCCCUUAUGUGGAGAUGUCUAAACCAGACCAGUUGGGCAGCCUGUAUAGAAAAUUUGACAGAAGACUUACAGUGGUUGCAGGAUGUGAAAAAGCCAUCAAGUUUUGUAUUAAUAUAGCCUUUCUGAAUCAUAAAUUCAGAAUGGUGAUCCA